CAGCUAACCUUCUCACAUUCACCGAAACCAAUGAAGAAGUGGUCGUAUCACAGGGGUGCGAAACGUAGAAAUCCUGCAUCUUCGGUGAUUUUACGGUGACAGACACAAGGGGUGGCAGACACUUGGAUAGAGAUAAAGUGAGAGGGGGGUUCCUCCUGGUCUGUCACCUAAACGUGUUUUCAGGCCGAAUUCCAACGACGCCCUACUCGCGGACUCCAUUCUGAUUUCACACAUCAAAUAACGUUACGCGGCGGCAUCAUGGCCUACAUCGCUGUCCAAAGGAUAAAAAGGGAAUUUAAGGAGGUCCUGAAAAGCGAAGAGACGAGUAAGAACCAGAUCAAGGUGGACCUAGUGGAUGAGAAUUUCACAGAACUUAGAGGAGAGAUAGCAGGACCCCCAGACACACCCUAUGAAGGAGGUAGAUUUCAGUUAGAAAUCAAAAUUCCAGAAACGUAUCCAUUCAAUCCACCAAAGGUGCGAUUUAUCACAAAAAUCUGGCAUCCCAACAUCAGCUCUGUCACCGGUGCCAUAUGCCUGGACAUCCUGAAAGACCAGUGGGCGGCAGCCAUGACACUUCGAACGGUGCUGCUUUCGCUACAGGCUUUACUGGCGGCAGCAGAGCCAGACGACCCACAGGACGCUGUGGUCGCCAAUCAGUAUAAGCAGAAUCCAGAGAUGUUCAAACAGACGGCUAAACUCUGGUCGCACGUAUACGGUGGCGCUCCCGUCUCCAGUCCAGAAUACACACGCAAAAUAGAUAAACUCUGUGCAAUGGGCUUUGACAAAAAUGCAGUAAUAGUGGCACUGUCAUCGAAAUCCUGGGAUGUUGAGACGGCGACAGAACUCCUGCUUAGCAACUGAUUCCAGUCUAAGAGUCUACCUGCCUGCACCUGCCCUAAGACCACCAUCCUCCUCAUCUCCAACAUCCUCCCAUCUUGCCAUAUGCAAUCCUCUCUUUCUCACUCUCUUUCUGUCACUCUCUCUCUCUGUCAUUCUCUCUCUCUCUCUCACACACACACACACAAACAAACAAGCAAACAAACAAACACACAAACAUUCUGUGUCUUUCCACUGUCUGAGCCCUUGAUCAGGUCCCAAGGCAAAAGCCCCCACAUUCUCACAAUCUUGCAGUGUCAACAUUAAGUCAUAUACACACACACACACUCACCAACCAGCACACAUCUUCCAGUGUUCACCUUCCCUGGACUCUACUGUUCUCCUCCUCCUCUCCCUCUUCUCCCACCAUAUCCCCACACAUGGACAUUUGACACCUUUCCCUAACUAGAUAUGGCUUCGCUCUCCCCUGUACGUACACACUACGCACACACACACACACACACACACACUCACACUCCAAAAUGCAGUCUCUUCCGUUUUCCACUUUUCCUGAUUUUACCUGGACUGGCCAUUGCCUUUUGCUUUCUUCUGAAACCAUUCCUCUCCAGUAUGCAGCUUCUUCUAUUCCAUUCUUUUUUCUCCAUUCCAACCACACUCUCUCCUCUUACCUUUGUGUUGUUGUCAGGUGACUUCACCAGGCAUCUCUUUUUUUUUAAUAAUUCCCAUUUCCCCUCGACCUCCUCUCCCUACCUCUUUUAUGCACAAUCAUCCAUACAGUAUCUACCCCCAAACUCCCUUUUUUUAUUUGGAAGAAUUUGGACUCCCCCUUUUAAGCAAACAGAUAAUGUAAAGAAAUGAUAUCUCAUCAUCCCCACUGUUCACCAACAGCAUAGCCUGAACCAACCAAGACUGGAUUAUUAAAGGAAAAAAAAGAAAGUAAUGAUUCCACACCCACAGAACUAUGUCUUAAGGAAAAAAAAAAGAUUUCAUCUGUAAAUAAUGCUAUUAAAGUCUGUAUAAAUGAAAAA